AUGAACGCUGUUUUACCUUCUAUCCAGCUUUCGGUCGACUAUACCGUGCUUUCAUCGGAGAUUGGGGAUUUCUUGCAACACUAUAAGCAGGAUGUUAUGUCGAUGGACGUAGAUGUCGAAACUGAAGAGGUUGGGAAAGGUCCAAAAUAUAUGCAUUUAUUGCAAAAGGUGGCCAAUCGAGAGCUGAAUACGGUGUGUAUUGAGUUGGAUGACAUUUUCAGGUACCAGCAGUCGAAAUUUGCGGAAAACGGUGGGGAAAUGAGCGGUGGAACAGAUCUGGUGACUGUUAUAGAGGAAAAUGCAAGCCAUAUGGUUGAAUUAUUCUGUAGAGGGGUUGAUAAAGUUAUGCCUUUGCCCACGAAAGAGAUUGACUAUAAGGAUGAUGUACUGGAUGUGAUUUUAAACCAGAGAAGACUGAGGAAUGAAAGAAUGGUUUCGGAUCGGACCAACGAGAUUAGGAAUGAAAGUUCUGUGGAUUUUAACUCCUUGCCUUCGUCUACAUCUGAUGCUCUGCGAGAAUUAGUUGAAGAUGAGGCAGAUUUGUUCCCUGCAGAACUUACAAGAAGAUACCAUCUCUAUUUCAAGCCUCUUUCGCCAGGCCUGUCCCACACGAAGCAUGAGGCACUAUCGAGCUCUACGCCAUUGUCCGUGAGACAGAUUAAAGGUGACUAUUUGGGCCGCUUGAUUACUGUCAAGGGUAUCGUCACUAGGGUCUCCGAUGUGAAGCCAACAGUGAUGGUUGUGGCUUAUACGUGUGAUCAGUGUGGUUACGAAGUUUUCCAAGAAGUUCAUUCCAGAACUUUCACACCUUUAGUCGAGUGUACUUCGAAAGAAUGCGCUCAAAAUCAAACGAAAGGUCAAUUGUUUAUGAGCACCAGAGCAUCUAAAUUUAGUGCGUUCCAGGACUGUAGGAUACAGGAACUUUCACAACAAGUUCCCGUGGGUCAUAUACCAAGAUCAUUAACGAUACACAUCGAUGGACCGCUCGUAAGAUCCGUUUCGCCCGGUGAUGUUGUCGAUAUCACAGGUAUCUUUUUACCAGCUCCUUAUACAGGAUUCAAAGCCUUAAAGGCAGGUUUAUUGACAGAGACGUACCUUGAAGCACAAUGUAUCCACCAACACAAGAAGAAAUUUGCAUCUUUUAGUUUGUCACAUGAAGUCCAGGACAGAGUCGAUCAAAUGAUCGCAGAAGGUGAUGUUUAUGAAAGACUAGCGAAGUCGAUCGCACCGGAAAUUUAUGGAAAUUUAGAUGUCAAGAAGGCUCUAUUGCUACUGCUUGUUGGUGGUGUUGAAAAACGAGUCGGUGAUGGGAUGCAAAUUAGAGGUGAUAUUAAUGUUUGUUUAAUGGGUGAUCCGGGUGUCGCAAAAUCCCAACUGCUAAAAGCUAUCAUUAAGAUAUCUCCAAGAGGUGUCUAUACGACUGGUAAAGGUUCUUCUGGUGUUGGUUUAACAGCAGCUGUGAUGAAGGAUCCCGUUACAGAUGAGAUGAUCCUGGAAGGUGGUGCUUUGGUCCUUGCGGAUAAUGGUAUCUGCUGUAUUGAUGAAUUUGAUAAGAUGGACGAAAGUGACCGAACGGUGAUCCAUGAAGUCAUGGAACAACAAACUAUUUCUAUCUCCAAAGCUGGUAUCAACACCACUUUGAAUGCAAGAACAUCCAUCUUGGCCGCGGCAAAUCCCCUGUAUGGUAGAUAUAACCCAAGAUUAUCGCCACUAGAGAACAUCAAUUUGCCGGCAGCACUUCUUUCUAGAUUUGAUGUCCUUUUCCUGCUACUAGAUAUGCCCAACAGGGAUCAGGAUGAGAAGUUGGCAGAGCACGUUGCCUUUGUUCACAUGCAUAACAGGCAACCAGAUCUCGAUUUUACGCCAAUAGAACCGGCAAGAAUGAGGGAAUAUAUCGCCGUGGCAAAGUCUAAGAGACCUGUCAUGAGCGAAGCAGUCAAUGAAUACGUUGUUCAAGCCUAUGUCCGUCUAAGGCAGGACUCGAGAAGAGAGAUGGAUUCCAAAUUUUCGUUUGGUCAAGCGACGCCAAGAACGCUUUUAGGUAUAGUAAGAUUAGCACAAGCAUUGGCCAAACUGAGACUGGCGGACUGCGUAGAGGUCGAAGAUGUUGAAGAAGCCCUGAGGCUGGUCAAAGUCUCGAAAGAAUCCUUGUAUCAGGAUAGCAGGCGGAAGAACCAAGAAGAAGAAAAUCCUACCACAAAAAUAUUCACGGCCAUCAAGAAGAUGGCUCAAGAAUCGGGUGAUGAGUUCAAGAAAGCUCUGCCGUAUGAAACAAUCGUGAAGACUAUAAGGUCGAGAGGUUUCACUAUGACGCAGUUUAACACUUGUAUCCAGGAAUACAGUUACUUGAAUGUUUGGCAUUUGAUUAAUGACGGUAGUACGCUAAAGUUCGUUGACGAUGGCUCCGCCGAUGACAGUUCCGCGGCACAGUCUGCGGCACCGAGGGCUCAACAGGCUCAACAGGCAUCUCCCCAAGCUUCUCGUUCUACAAACGCAGCAGAUUUAGUCGAUUCAGAUACUGAAAUGGCAGACGCAUGA